CCUGUACGUAAGCGGAUGGCGGGGCGGGGUUUUGCUUUGAAACUGAGGGGCGGGAGUGGCAGCUUCUGGAAGUUAGCUGUGGGCUGUGGGCUGGCCGGGAGGCCCAAAAUGGAGUUGGCGAGCGGCCGCAGCGCGGAAUCGGAGGGCGGCGAGACGCCGAGCGCUUCGGCCGGGCGAGCCUCAUCUGCAGGCGGCGGCGACGGCGGUGACGCCUCGGAGGCACCGGUGAAGCAGAUCACGGUGCCGAGGCCCCCCUCAAUUGAGGAGUUCGCCAUCAUGAAGCCCAUCAGCCGCGGGGCCUUCGGGAAAGUGUAUCUGGCACGGAAGAGCGGCAAAUUGUACGCCGUGAAGGUUGUCAAAAAAGCAGAUAUGAUCAACAAAAACAUGACUCAUCAAGUCCAAGCUGAGAGGGAUGCACUGGCACUCAGCAAGAGUCCCUUUAUUGUGCAUUUGUACUAUUCACUACAGUCAGCCAGCAAUGUCUACUUGGUGAUGGAAUAUCUAAUCGGUGGAGAUGUCAAAUCUCUCUUACAUAUAUAUGGUUAUUUUGAUGAAGAAAUGGCUGUAAAAUAUAUUUCUGAAGUUGCACUAGCUCUAGAUUACCUUCAUAGACAUGGAAUAAUCCACAGGGACUUGAAACCAGAUAAUAUGCUUAUUUCUAAUGAGGGCCAUAUUAAACUGACAGAUUUUGGCCUUUCCAAGGUUGCUUUGAAUAGAGAGAUUAAUAUGCUGGAUAUUCUUACAACACCAUCAAUGCCUAAACCCAGACAGGACUAUUCACGAACUCCAGGACAAGUUUUAUCUCUCAUCAGCUCUCUGGGAUUUUACACACCAAGUGGUGAGAAAAUGCAAGAAACAGUUGAAGCUAUUUCAAGCCCUGUAUCAGAAAUUUCACGGCUUUCUAAGGAUUCUUCUUGUCCUAUGUCUGUAGAUCAAAAGGAUGAUACUCUAUAUUCAAGUAAACUCCUUCAAUCGUGUCUUGAUACUGCUGUUUUAAACCCUGGGAUGCCAGUGAAGUAUCUGACUCCAAAUCUGCUACAAUCCAGAAACACGCUUGGUACUUCUAGUACCAGUAGCCAGUCUCACACUUUUGUGUCCAGUUUGGAAUCCGAGUGCUGCAGCAGCCCCAGAUGGGAGCAGGACAACCAGGAAAGUGAUGGUGCACUUGGUUCUGUAUCUAUGAAAAUGAGUAUUGAUGCAGUGGAAAAGCCUUCAAGUGCUAAACUUGUGAAUGCUAAAGAAACCAAAAGUUUAAAGAAGAAGGAUCUUGAGUCAGCUAUUUCUCCAAUUGGUGUUAGUAAUGGUUUCAUACCUGCUGAUGUCGGAACUGCUUCAUCAAUUACAUCAGAAGCCAAAAAUCUUGUUAGAAAAUGCCUUUCUGAAAAUAAAGUUUGGGAAGCAAAAGAACUUUCAGUAAAUAAAGAUUGUAUGAGUACUGAGACUGUAGAGCUUGGUUUCCAGCAGCCACAUCAUUUUUUAGUGGAUCCUGGCAAAGGUGAUGUAAUUGAGGAUCUUGAAGGGAAAAAAGGCUUAAAGAGGAGCUUUAAAUUAGUUGACUCUAGUCCCUGUGAGGAGAUUAUUCAGAACAAAAAAAACAGUUCAGAGUAUAGACGUGGUUAUACCAUUGAUUUUUAUUCAAAACAAGAUACAGGUUUGACAUCUGACAUCCACUGCCUUAUGCUAUCUGGGGACAGAAGCCAUCAAGUUGACUGUGAUAACAAGGAGAAUAUUGUCAGCAGUUCUGUUUGUGAGCAACAGACAGCAGAAACAUCAGUUACUGAAAUGAUAGAGAAAAAUCUUAUGUGUGAACUAGAGGAAGACUGUGAAAAAAACAGUAAGAGAGAGUCUUUGGGUUCUAGUUUUCUAUAUUCUGAUGAUGAUAGAGCUCAGAAAAGUAUAUGUAUGGAGUCUGAUACAUCUUUCCCUGGAAUGUCUGUUGUUGAAAGCUCUUUAGAAAACCCCUCCUUGGCAGAUAAAAGUAUUAAAGAAUUCUCUUUUGAAGAAUCAAAAAUUGAAGACCUACUGACCAUAUCACCAAGCUGUCAGGAAAAUAACUUGCCCAGAGAGGACAUCCAGGAUGCUAAACUUUAUAGCAUGCUAGCCCCUUCCUCAUCCGAGGUGGUAAAAGCAUUAAAUCUAUUUAAGAAAAAUGCUGUCGCUUUUCGAAGUUAUAACAGUCAAAUAAAUACAUCCAAUGCAUCUGAACCAUCAAAAGUUAGUAUUCCUUCUUUGGAAAGAAUGGACAUUUCUUAUGCUUAUACUGGUUCUUAUCCCAUCAUUACCCCUGCUCAGAAAGAGAAGUCAUCUUUGGCAUAUCAGCAGACUCCACGUCAGGCAAAGUCAGGGACUCCAUACCGAACCCCAAAGAGUGUGAGAAGAGGAGCAGCCCCAGUGGAUGGUGGGCGAAUUCUUGGAACCCCUGACUACUUGGCACCUGAGUUGCUGUUGAGCAGUUCUCAUGGAUUUGUGACUUCUGGUCCAGCAGUAGAUUGGUGGGCUCUUGGAGUUUGCUUAUUUGAGUUUCUAACAGGAAUUCCACCCUUCAAUGAUGAAACACCACAGCAUGUAUUCCAGAAUAUUCUGAAAAGGGAUAUUCCUUGGCCUGAAAAUGAGGAAAAAUUGUCUGAUAAUUGUCAGAGUGCAAUAGAAGUCCUUUUAACAAUAGAUAGUUCAAAAAGAGCUGGACUGAAAGAGCUGAAACAGCAUCCUCUCUUCAGGGACGUGGACUGGGAGAAUCUACCGAAUCAAACAAUGCCUUUCAUACCACAACCAGAUGAUGAAACAGACACUUCCUACUUUGAAGCCAGGAACAAUGCUCAGCAUUUGACUGUAUCAGGAUUUAGUUUAUAGCAUUAUUAAAAGAUAACUAACUGUCCCAUUUGAUCAACCUUGUGAUAAGAAUGGGCUUAUAUUUUCUGUAAUACCAGAUUAGGUCACUAGUUUAAGGAAAAUUGCAUGUUAAUUUGGAUCAGUUUGCUUUUGUUUUAUAGUGACUACAGAUAUACAAAUUUGUAAAAUCACUAGUUUUAUCUUCAUCUAAGAGAUUACUGUAUGUCUUUAAAUUUGCAUUUUUUCAAUCUGUUUCUGGUUACAAAAAUCAAUAGUUUAUCUUAAUCUGAGAAAUUAUUGUACAUAUCUUCAGAUUUCCUUUUUCCACUUUAUUUUUAUUGCACUUUACAAAAGCUAAAGUAUUAGCAAAACUGAAAUAUCACUUUAGAGAGAGUGAACCUGAUUUCCCUCCCUCCCCCUUAUCUGCUGCUCUUAAUGUAUCCAGUUUCUAGAAUUGUUUUCAAUGAAAAAUUUAUUGUGGGUGUACUUAAAUGUUAUUUAGGUUGUAUGUGGUUAGUAACAAAAUCCUGUUCUUAAGGUCAGUACUUUGAGUCUGUGUCUAAAAUAUACUGUCAAGAUUUAUGUCCUAACAUAGCAGAAAACUCCCUCCAUUUCAUAGUGGAAUUCUUUUGAGGAGUUUGAAAUGAAAAAGAGAAGUAUGCAUUACCAACCUAGGUCAGUUACAGCUAGGUAUUAUGCUUAGUAAUGUUGCUGAAAAACUUUGGACUUCUGCGUUUGUAGUAUUUUUACAACUUUUAAGAGUGUUUUGAUAUUUUGUCUAUCUAAAAUGAUUCAGAAAAAAUACUUAUAAGCAACAUUGAAAGCCUACCUCUAAAAUGACUAAUAAAAUUAAUUGUAACACA